AUGAAUGACCGGCGUGGAAAUUCAAGCAAGCCUUCCCAUGUUUUCAAAUCAAGUAAAUUAAAAGCACAAUUCGCCCUAAAUAUGGACUGCGCGACAUCGGAAAACAAGCUAAGCGAAGAGUUUUGUUUUUUCGACGGAAAGGUGAAACAAUGUAGAGGAUUGGUUUCUUUAACUGCCAGUGUCUAUCAUCCUGUCCUUAAGAAACUUAUUCCAUUGGCAACAAUGGAAUGUGAUGGAGAAAAUUCAGACACGGUGCAGUUGUUUUGGGAAUGUUUCAAUGAAAUCUUGAAAAAGGAAAGUGGCAACAACGACUACCAAUUCAAUCCUCGUGGUUGGAUAACAGACAUGGCUGGCAGUACCAUUGAAGGCUUGAAGAGAGUUUUCGGAACUGAUGUUGUCGGGCGAAUUAAGUCCUGCGAAUUUCACUUCAAAGAAUAUCGUAAUCGUCAGUCACGAAAACUUGGUGAUGAAGACCGCAGAAACGUUUAAAGUUUAUGCAAUUGCCUCCUGCAAGCCCCGUCCCCAAUAAGCUAUAGCUAAGCAAAAGAAGAUUUGGAAACAUUCAUUGCCGAAUGUCCUGAACGUCGAAGUCUUUCAAGUUGGCUCGAUUGGUGGCACAAGAGAAGAGCAUUUGUAUUCCCUGCCUUCAUUAGUGUUUCUGGUGGCCCAAAAAUGAACCUAGCUGAAGUUAUUCAUGCAAGUUGGGUUAAACGGGACCACGGAAAUAUGUCAUUGUUGGAUGCUGCGCACGCUGAUGCUCGGGAUAACGUCCAGUUAGAAGUCGAAUACAAAGCUUUUCGCGUGUAAAAUUCGCGAGGUGGAACGGGUCCUUCUUUAGCAGACAAUGCCCUUCAAAAAACAUCAAACGAGGUGAGAAGAGCUCAUGCCCUUGGCCAGGAGCUCGCAGGUGAAGACAUCACAGGCACCGAAAGAACCGCAUCGCCAACUGCCCUCACCGCGCCAUUUAGUUUGCCAUCAGACAAGCAUAAUGCUAGCGUAACGACCUCGUGUGAAAGAACAACGAACAACAGACCGAGCCGCUACAGAUCGUCGAGAAGUAAAGUAUUUCUCGAUCGCCUUGGAAGAGCAAAAAAAGAAAGAAAUUCGAUAAAGGUAAAAUCAAUCAACGUUAGAAGACAAGAGAAUCCUGGACUUAUAUGUGGCUUGUCUACUUGAAGAUAUACAGAUUACACAGUUCAUAUUGGUAGCCAGCAUUCAUGUGACUGUCAAGAUUAUGUUAAAUAUCGCGGAAAACAGGCAUGCAAGCACAUUUUAUGGACACUACUAUUCAUAUGUGGUAUUCAGGAUAGUAGUGAAAUUUUACAACAAGUAUCCCUGACCAUCGAGGAAAUUCGCCAUAUUACAGCUAAUACCCCAGCUAACAUUUCAGAACAAUUGAAGGCUAUGAAUGAAGCAAACACUCCAACCCAACAGAGGCAAAGCAGGAAGGAUAUUACAACCAACCUUUUGGAAAAUAAUCCUCGCAACGGCAGUCCGCAAAUGUGGUACCUUGAACGAAUGGAGAAGAAAAGAGGACAAGUUCCACGAUGCGGAGGCUGCCAGGCUUAA